AACAAAGAAACAUUGAACAGAGACUGUAUGUGUGACUGAUGAAUGAUGAGCCUCUUACCAGUCCAUCAUCCUGCGUUGGCUUCAGCGUGAGACUGACACCUAGUGGAUGUCCUUUAUUAUAGACAGUAAAAUACAGGCGAGUCGCACCGGAGAUAACCUACUACCUGUUUUGCACACGUCCCUUAAACCCCAGGAAACCCUUUUAUCUCUUCAUUUCAGCGAAAACGAAACCUAUGUAUAGUAACCUAUGUAUGUAAGUCGCUGUAUUUAUCUCUCUGUCUGAUUUUAUGUGCAGUGCAAUGGCUGAAGCUAACAUUUCAGUGGCUGAGGAUCAGUUCAGCUGUUCAAUCUGUCUGGAUCUACUGAAGGAUCCAGUGACCAUCCCCUGUGGACACAGUUACUGUAUGAGCUGUAUUACAGACUUCUGGAAUAAAGAAGAUCAGUGCAGAGUUUACAGCUGCCCUCAGUGCAGACAGACCUUCACUCCAAGACCUGCUUUAAACAAGAAUGUGGUGUUUGCUGAAAUGGUGGAGAAACUGAAGAAGAAAAAAGACCAGAUGGCUCAGUCUCUCAGUUACGCUGAACCAGGAGAUGUGGAGUGUGAUGUUUGUACUGUAAGGAAACGUAAAGCUAUUAAGUCCUGUCUUAAGUGUUUGGAAUCUUACUGCCAAACUCACUUUGAGUGUCAUGAGGAAUCUCAUUCAAGUAAGAGGCAUAAACUGACUGAUGCUGGACGAAUCCAGGAGAUGAUCUGCUCUAAACAUGACCGACUGCUGGAGGCUUUUUGUCGAACUGACCAGCGAUGUAUUUGUUUGAUUUGUGUGAUGGAUGAACACAAAAAUCACGAUACUGUUUCAGCUGAAGCAGAGAGGACUGAGAAACAGAAUCAGGUUGGAGAGAUGCAAGAAAAAUGCCAGCAGAGAAUCCAAGAGAGACAGAAGAAGCUUCAAGAGCUCAGAGAGGCUAUUAAGACUCACAAGUGCUCUGCACAGGCGGCGGUGAAGGACUGUGAAAGGAUCUUUAAUGAACUGAUCCGUUCCAUUAGGAGCAGCCGCUCCGAGAUGAUACAGAUGAUCAGAAAUCAGGAAAAGGCUGAAGUGAAUCGAGCUGAAGGACUCUUGAAGCAACUGGAGCAGGAGAUUGAUGAUCUGAGGAGGAGAGAUGCUAAGCUGGAACAGCUUUUACACACACAUGAUUACAUCCAUUUCCUAGAGAGUUUCCAGUCUCUCGCUGAACCUAUGGAAUCUACAGGUGUUCCCAGAGUUGCUGUCAGUUCUGUCCUCCCUUAUGAUGAUGUGAGAAAAUCCAUCUCUCGCUUGAAAGAAAUACUGGAGGAGUUCUGUAAAGAGAAAAUAGAACGGUUAUCUGGUCAAGUAACAUACAUCGACAUUAUUUCCAAUAAUGAACCCAGGACUAGGGAGGAAUUCCUACAGUAUUCCCUUCAGCUCACUCUGGAUCCGAACACUUUGCAUAAACAGCUUCGUUUGUCUGAGGACAAAAGAGUGGCUGCACACACUCAAAGAGAGCAGCCGUAUCCUGAUCAUCCAGACAGAUUUGAUGUUUGGCCUCAGGUGUUGUGCAGGGAGAGAGUGUGUGGACGCUGUUACUGGGAGGUGGAGUGGAGCGGUGGUGUGGGAAUAUCAGUGUCAUAUAAGAGCAUCUGCAGGAAAGGAGAAACUAAAGAUUGUUUAUUUGGAUAUAAAAAUGAGUCCUGGAAAUUGCAGUGCUCUCAAUCUAGUCGCUUAUUUUUGCACAAUAACAUAAAGACUAAUCUCCCUGUAUUCUCCAGCUCCUGUAGAAUAGGAGUGUAUGUGGAUCACAGAGCAGGGAUUCUGUCCUUCUACAGCGUCUCUGACACAAUGACCCUCAUCCACAGAAUCCAGACCACAUUCACUCAGCCGCUCUAUCCUGGCUUUACGAUAUAUUUUGGAUCAACGGUCAAACUGUAUAAUCUAAGAGAGUAGAUUGAGAUUUUACAAAUGCUCUUUGUUUUGAGCUACAUGACAAAUCAUACACAGUGACAAUCUCUUUUUUGUCAUUUUUUUGUUGUGCCCACUCUUUUUUUUAUUAUUAUACAUUAUUCAUAUACCAUUAUACAUUUACAACAGUUACGUCUGGUCCUUGAAUCUGCCAAACCUUGAAUUACAUCCGUUUUAGCGGUAAAAGAAUUCACCUUAACCAUUGUAACUAGGCACUAUACAUCAUGUUCCUCAGUGACAAUAAGAUUUUAACUCGGCGUUUCUUUGUUACUAGUUCCAAAGUUGUUGUUUCUUAUUUAUUUACACAUUUGUGGCAUUGAACUGUUGUAUAAAUGCAAUAUCACACUCAUAGUCAUGCGAGUAUUAGGUAAUAUUAUCAUUUUAACUAUGCUCACUCUAAAUAAUAACAUUUCUUUAAUUGACUACUUAUAUAAAUUCCAAAGUGCACAAACGCUUGCAGGUUAUAUUUAAAUUAUCAUCUUAAUUAUUGGACAGGCCUUAUUAUAGGCUCUGCAAACACUCACCAUUCCUAGUUUGCCUUUAAAAGUCUAAGUUAAAAGUUUAAUGUAUUAUGUUCGUAACUUUUUAAAAACAUAAGCAGCUUAAACUUUUUAAUAAAUCCUUAUUUUAAAAAAUAACACGAAUGUAUAUAAAAAUAAAUUGAGCAUUCUUAGAAUGUUUUUAUUACCUGCUAUAAAUAACUGAUAGCUCCUCUUGUAUGAGAUAUUUUCUGUUGCAAUAAAUGGCCUUUAAUGGUUUUUAAUGACAGUUAAAAGACUAAGACAAAAUACAUUAAAAAAAUAAAGUCAAUGAGGGAGUAAAACAGAGUGGGCUUGAAACUUUAUUAUCUAUUGGCAAUAAAAUACUCUCAUUUACAGACCCCUGUUUUGUGCACAUCUCUCUCAAACACAGAAUAAGGUGCUCAUUUUAAUCUUCAGUUGACCAAACACCACAACAUACCU